GCCUCUGCUUUCCUUUCAUUUCAUUUUUCUCUGAGUGGCGUAUAUAUAGAAAACCAAUUUUUUUUUUCCAAAGGAACAAAAAAGAGGAAACGCAUAGAGGAGAAAAAACGGGGCAGCCCCCAUUCGCUCUUCCAGUGAGAUUUCGUUUCGACCUUAAACGUAGGGUGAAGGAAGGGAAGAACCCUAGACGGUUCAAUAAAACACAAAAAAAGUCGAAUUGGUGGGGAUUAUCGAUUGAUUUUUUUGGGUUGUCUUGCGAAUUGGUGGAAUUCUGCGUUGUGGGAUUUGUGUUGGGAGAUUGAAAGGUGUGUUCUUUGGUCUCUCUGAAUCCCUGUUCGGUGGGGUUCGUCUGAGGGAUUUUUUUUACAGUUUUCUUCGUUUUGGGUUCACGAGCGAUGGGGAAGAAGAGGAAAUCCGUGGCGACGAGCCUGGAUGAGGUGGAUCGGACCAUGUACACGACGUUUUGCAGCGCCGCCAGCUCCCUGACUCAGCUCUACACCCAGGCCAUGAAUCACCAGAAGCUCACUUUCCAAGCUGGGGAGCGUCACGGCCUUGAAAAACUCUACCAGUGGAUUUGGCGGCAGCAAGAGGCUGGUUCGAGGGUGGCAACUUCUGAUGUCCUCAAUUAUAUUCAGAAUGAGCUGGAUUACUGUGGAGAAGAGCCAUCAAUGUCUCCAAGAGCACAACCACAGAACAUCCAACCACCAAUGCAGUCAUUGAGUUCCGGCUUUCUGAAUUCCUCAAUUUCAUCAGGUUCUUCUGGACCAACAAGUGUUAGCCAAGUCAGCCGCAACGAGCACUGCGAUCAGCAAUCGAAGAACUCAGUCUUCUCCAAUGCUUUGUCCAGCCCAGUCAGAAGAAAUCUCCAGAACUACCACAUUGCCCAGGGUGGCGGCUAUUACCCAGCUGGUGCACCAGCACCUCCUCCUGGGAACGGACCCCGCAACAACGACAGCACCUUUCUUCAGCAACAAAACCGGGAUACGCAUUCUAAUGAUUCCUCUAUGGACAUCUAGGAAGGACGGUAAAGGGGUUUUGUGCCAUGUGCCUGGUCGAAUAGACAACGAAGGCAUUGCAUUUGCAAAACCCUGUUUAGUCUACCUGCUGGUUCAUGUGGUUGUGGAACCAAACAGGUUAGCAUCAGAUGAAGCAAUAAUCAGAUGCUGCUGCUACUGGUGCUACUAGUUGAAGUGUGCAUGCUGAUGAAGACGAAGAAGAAGAGGAAGAUUGAAGAAUGCUGAAAGUUCGACCAUUGGGGGCGUUUCUGCUCGGUGCUGAAAGGCUUUUUCAUUAAUUGGGGUUGUUUGGUUGAAAGUUAUAUCUGGUUUCUGUCAUCCUUUCUGUAAUUCUGAUUUUCAUUUUGAAAUGGUCAUUCUGAAUUGGUUUGAGGGGGUGGGAGUGAUCGAUCACCAUGUAAAGAGAGCUCUUUGUUUGUUAAUUUGGUGGCAAUCUCUUUCUCUGCUGUCUUCUUCUUCUUCAAUGUUUCUUUUGUUAGUGUAAGGUGGUCUCUUGUUUGCUGUAACUCUUCUCUUUUACUAUUGUAGCUUUGUCUAGUCAUAUGCUAUAGCGAGACAUUAUGGUUAAAGUAGAAAUUUCCUCAAUCUAUCAUGUUGAAGGCCAGUUCCUUUGUUAUUCUAUUGAAAUGUCUAUAUGUUAGGGG